AUGUUUAAGAGAAAGUCUAGAUACAACGUGGCCUAUACCGGCGUCGACCAUGUGCCGCUUCCUUCACAAGAACCAGAUAGUGGAGCCACGGCUGCUGCACGCUCAAUUGGUGAGUCGUUGAAAAAAGCUCAGCCAGAACUCUACGGCAAGCCUCAGGCCCAACAGCAGGCAGCACCCCAAUCGCGCAAUUCGAGUCUCUUAAAGCGAAACUCGUUGCUUCUGUCCAACAACAAGGCUGCAGCCUCUCCAAAGCCACAGGCUAGAACUGGUGCUCACCAGGCCCCCACCACCCACAGACAAGCACCACACAGGGCGCCAAAUGGGUCGAGUAUCCAAGGUGAGUCAACUAGAUUGAGCUCUCUCAAUGCAAAUAACGAGGCUCGUUUGCGUGACUUGAAGUUACUGCACCAGCCGCAAGGCCUCGACCAUCAAGCACCUGUCAAGAUGAUAAAGAAGUACAUCCCAACCCCCAAUGGUAUCCAAGUGAUUGAGGUUCCAGAAAGUUCGUACAAGCAGGAAUUAGCCCGCUCUAACUCAAUGCGCUCUGGCUUAGCCAUUCGUAGUGGUCUGUUGUCUCGCCAUACAAGAACACCUUCUCUCAACUCAUCCUCUGGUCAUAGACCUCCUAAAGUUCAACAGAAUGUCAGAAAGUCGCCUGGACUGCGGCUCUCGUCUUUCACAAAUCAACCUAGCAUCGCAGAGGAGCCCGAUAUGCUAGCGGAAUCAAGAGAGGAAACCAUUCAAAGAAUCAAAGAACUGGCUUACCUCAAGUCUGAGCUCGAGAAGGAAAGACUCAGAGCGAAAGAACUCGAACAACAGCGUUUGGAGUACGAGCAGCUCGAAAGCUUGCGCGCUCAAAACGAAAAAAUGUACAAAGAACUUCAAACAUUGAGGGAGAAGGAUCAUUCUAGCGAGCCUACUAGCAACGAAUCUCCAUUACCUAAGACCGUUGAUCCUAAGUUACUUUCGAAUAACGUCGAGGAGCUCCCUGUAUUGAACUCGGACUUCGUGGAUUUUUCCAAUCUCUCUGAUAGGGCCGAAGAAGGUGAUGACGAAGAAGAAGAUGUACCAAUUACUCACGUACCUCUUGCAGUAGACGAAGUAGAUUUGAAACAUGCCAAGAAUGGGAAUUCUGGCUCUUUCCAUCGUGACUCAUUUGUUGAAAGUGCAUACACAAUUGAUGACGACUUCUCUUCCCAAGAACACCCCACAUUCACUUCGGAAUUGGAAGUUCUCGAGACAUAUGAAGAUCAAGUUCCCCCUCCGCUUGCGAUGGAAGACAAAGAUUUUGGCAUCGAGGAGAUUGCUACCGAGCAUUUUGACUCACCAAAGCUCGUCGACCAACAACUACCAACUUUUGAGCCGCCAGCCAUUAUUGCGGACCCAGACGCUGAUGAACAAAAGACUAUUCUGCCCACCUUUGAUCCUGUUCCCGAGGUUAUCAAGGAUUCUAUUCCGAUCCCAAAUGUUGCUUCUUCUAUUCGAUCCAUUUCUAGCAUUGAUUCAAAAUCAAAGCCUAUCAAAUCAGCAAUGAAAAAUUCAAACCCCAAACCAUUAUCCAACAAACAGGGAGUGGUUAGCCCGGCAGAACAGGCGUAUCUCUCUUUGACGACCGCCGAAAACACACGGCUCAACUCGAAGUUAUCAGCAUCUCAAUUGAAUGGCGGCGGUUUAGAACCUAAGCCUACCGUUAAAUCUCCUCCUCCCUCGGUGACAAACACUCCUCUGAAAAGAAUGUCUCAAACACUCAGAAAGCAACCUAGCGCUUCCAGUUUUGCUCCUGGUGGUAUGUCCAAUCGGGCCAUGAGACCUAGAAGACAUUCUGACAUACCUCAGCAUAAACCCGUAGAAGCUACAAGAGAUGUUCAAAGCGGUGGCAUGUCCUCUAGAAAACUCAGAACCGAGCCACAACCAAUUGCUCCCCAUCCAGCUAUGAGCCCCAAUUAUCAAUCACCAUCGAAGCAAAAAGCGGCAGCACUUUACGCGAAAGCAAAUUCGCGUCCUAUCUCUCAUUUCGAGCCAUCUUUGAGAAGAAAGUCCUCAUUCUCAAGAGAAGCUGAGCAUCCAGAUGGCACUCCAAUCGAGCCUCCUCCUAAGCCUCAUAUGCAAUCGUUGCGGUCGCCUGUUUCUAAGCCAUCCAACACUGUGCAUAACACUGUGCAUAGCACUGGGCCUAGCCAAUUUCCAGCCUCAGCUGCUGGAUCACAUCCUGUCGUCAUUCCUAAGCCAGACCCACUUGCUUCGAUACCAAAAGGUGUGCCUCCAGCUUUGAGAGGACCUCAACUGAAUCACGGAGGAAACACUAAGUUUAGGUCCAAGAUUGUCGAUUCCGAUGACGAAGACGGAAAUGUUCCAUUUAGUUCUAGCAUUAAGCCUUCGCGUUUUGUUGAUUCUGAUGACGAGACUCCAGCUGUCAAUGCAGUGCCUGUCAGCAAUGUCAGCAAUACUAGCAAUGUUAGAAAUACCACGAUGAGGCCACUUAGGGAGUCAAAGACUCUGAAGAAAGACGAGCCACCCAAGGAAGAAAAAAAGAAGAAGAAAAAGCUCUUGAAGAAGCUUUUCGGGCUCGGCAAAUAA